AUGCCUGAAGUGUGAAGAAAGCCCAAGAUCACGGCCUCCCGCAAACUCUUGCUGAAGAGCCUGAUGCUGGCCAAGGCCAAGGAGUGCUGGGAGCAGGAGCAUGAGGAACGGGAGGCAGAGAAGGCACGCUACUUGACCGAGCGCAUCCCCACGCUGCAGACCCGAGGCCUGUCCCUCAGUGCCCUGCAGGACCUGUGCCGGGACCUGCACGCCAAGGUGGAGGUGGUGGAUGAGGAGAGAUAUGACAUUGAGGCCAAAUGCCUCCACAACACCAGGGAGAUUAAGGACCUGAAGCUGAAGGUGCUGGACCUCCGUGGGAAAUUCAAGCGUCCACCACUGCGUCGGGUCCGGGUCUCAGCUGACGCCAUGCUCCGGGCUCUACUGGGCUCCAAGCACAAGGUGUCUAUGGAUCUGCGGGCCAACCUGAAGUCAGUGAAGAAGGAAGACACAGAGAAGGAACGGCCCGUGGAGGUGGGUGACUGGAGGAAGAAUGUGGAGGCCAUGUCUGGGAUGGAAGGCCGGAAGAAGAUGUUUGAUGCCGCCAAGUCUCCGACCUCACAGUAG